AUGGAUCGAAUCGAUGAAAGAGACCCAGCCACUGGCAAAUGGGCUGUGUCCCCUGGAGAAGAAGGAAAAGUGUGGUGUGACGCAAGCAGUCUAGCGAUCGGAGUUUGUCUAGAAAUUGAAGGUGAGAUAGUCGAAGAUGCUUCGUGGCUGAGGAAGCAGCAUGAUUCAGCACAUAUCAAUUUAGCAGAAUUGGAAGCUAUCCUAAAAGGAGUAAAUUUGGCCCUGUGUUGGGGGUUAAAGAAGAUCGUAUUAAUCACGGAUUCAGCGACAGUUCAUGCUUGGGUGUCAUCUAUACUGACGGGGGACCGUCCUAUCAAAACACAUGGGUUAAGUGAAGUUUUGGUUAGAAGACGAUUAAGCCUAUUUAAAGACAUUAUUUUGGAAUGCGGUCUCAAUGUACAAAUAGAACUCAUUAAGUCACAGUUCAACAAAGCAGAUCUUCUUACAAGAGUGCCAAAAAAAUGGUUAGCAAGAAACGAAGAGACUAGCAUUGCACUUGUGUAUGAGAAUGAGAGUGUGGACCAAAAGACAUUGGUGAAACAGGUUCAUGACUUGCAUCAUUUUGGUGUUAACCGUACUUUAUUCACCGCCAGACGGUGUCACCCAGACAUUAACUUUACCACAAAAGUUGUUAAAGAAGUUGUGAAAAGUUGUAAAGAGUGUCUGUCAAUUGAUCCAUCCAGCAUCAAAUGGGAGCCUGGGUAUUUGGAUUGCCAGAACAAUUGGUAUAGGCUUGCCAUUGACGUAACACACUAUGGUCAAAGCAAGUUCAUGACCAUUGUGGACUGUGGUCCAAGUAGGUUCUGCAUUUGGCGCCGGAUCCCAAAAGAGACGAAAGAUCAGAUUUCUAAAGUGUUGUUGGAAUUGUUUACUGAUCGAGGGCCACCACAUGAGAUUUUGAUGGACAAUAGUGCAACAUUUCGAUGCGAAGAGAUUACUCAGCUCUGUGAUAAAUGGGGUAUUAAAGUUGUGUUUAGGUGUGUCAACCGGCCAAGUGGAAACGGGAUAGUUGAGCGAAACCACAGAACAAUCAAGCGUAUGGCCGCAAGAACUAAAGGGAGUAUCCAAGAAAUGGUCUAUUGGUACAAUUUGACACCUAAAGAAGGAUUAGGUGGCGAUUCAUCGCCGAGUUCCCAGAUUUUUUCGUACCAAUGGCGAUGUAAAGGUGAACCUGUAAAAGGUGAAGUGUAUGAAGGGUCACAUUUUACAGUAGGUGAACGUGUGUAUGUCAAGCCGCCAAACCCAUCCUGUACUUCGAGAUGGAAGGAAGGAGUGGUUACUGGACAGUUUUCACCCAGAAGUGUUGAAGUAAAUGGCAGGCCUCAUCACAUAGCAGAUGUGCGAAAAGUAGUUGAAAGUAAAAAUGAAAGUGUAAGUUGUGUCGGCACCUCGAGGGCGUGUGGUGGUGUUGACACCACGGGGGCGUGUAGCUGUGAACUAGCAUCAGCUGACUAG